AUGUGGAGAAUCUAUGCAUUUGACUUAAAUGAGGUACAUCCAUCAGUAAUUUCUUUGCAACUUCAUUUGGAGAAUAAGCAAUCAGUUACAUUUGAUGAAAACCAAUCGUUGCAAAAUGUAAUCAGCAAUCCAUGUUCCUCACAGACAAUGCUUACAGAAUUCUUUAGCAUGAAUUGUUAUGAUGAAUACGCCAAGCAUUUGAAUUGUUUAUAUAUAGAGUUUCCUGAGUAUUUUACUUGGAAUGCACAAUCAAAAUAUUGGAGUAGACGAAAAAGAGGAGAAAUUAUUGGUCGUAUUUUAACUGCUCGCCCUACUGAAGGGGAGCGAUACUAUCUCAGAAUGUUGUUAAUGCAUGUUAGGAAGCCUACUUCUUUCCAAUAUCUAAAGGUUGUCAAUGGAUACGUAUGUCAAACAUUUAAAGAAGCUGCAAAUUUACUUGGCCUAUUGCAUUCUGACAAUGCUGCUGAACUUUGCUUACAGGAAGCUUCUGCAUACCAGAUGCCAAGUUCUCUUCGACAAUUAUUCGCAUCUAUAUUAGCUUAUUGUACUCCUACAAAUCCACGAGAGUUAUGGUUGAAAUAUGAAGAUUUCUUAUCUGAAGAUAUUCGACAUAGUACAUCACUUGAACCACACUUUGUACAAAUACGAGUGCUCCAAUUAAUUGAUUCGUGUCUUCGAUCCAUGGGAAAAAAUAUUGCUGAUUAUAAUUUAACUGAUAUUCAAGUUGAACAGCUUUCGCAAGAUUUAAGCACUAAGGAAAUUGAUGUUGAAAGAAGCAUAGUAGUAUCUGACGAAGAUCUUCGUGCAUUGCAUCAGUUAAACUUGGACCAGAAAUCAGCAUUUGACAAGAUUAUGCAUGCCAUUGACAAUAAUAUCUCAUGUGCAUUUUUCUUAGAUGGUCCAGGUGGAACUGGAAAAACUUUCUUAUACAGAGCUCUCCUUGCAGCAAUACGAUCAAAAGGAUGCAUAGCACUAGCAACUGCAACAUCUGGAGUUGCAGCUUCAAUUUUACCUGGUGGCCGUACAGCACAUUCGAGGUUUAAAAUCCCAUUACAAGAUAGUGAUACAGCAAUUUGCAAUAUUGGAAAGCAAAGUGCUAUUGCUAAGUUAAUAAGAGAUGCAAAAGUAAUUAUUUGGGAUGAAGCAAGCAUGGCAAAGCGUAGCUCAAUAGAAAAAUUUGAUGAAGCAUUAAAAGAUAUCAUGAAUAAAGAUGCCAUAUUUGGUGGUAAGAUCAUUGUUUUUGGUGGUGAUUUCCGACAAACAUUACCAGUGAUCACCAAAGGGUGUAAAGAAGAAAUUGUCAAUGCUAGCUUAGUAAAGUCUCCUAUUUGGCCGUACCUCAUAAAACUAAAACUAUCACAAAAUAUGCGAGCUCAGUUAGAUCCUCAUUUCUCUGAUUACCUUCUUCGAAUUGGCAACGGUACUGAAGCAACAAAUAAAAAUGAUGAGGUGCGUAUACCUGAAGGAAUGAAUCUGGUAUUUGUCGAUGACGAUUCAUCAGUUGAUGCGUUGAUUGCUGCAGUAUUUCCAGAUUUAUGUGCUUUUGCUCAUUGUCCAGAUUCUAUUGUUAACCAUGCAAUUUUAAUGACAAGAAAUGAUUUUGUAUUUGAAAUUAAUAACAAAAUCAUUGCUAAAUUUCCAGGUACAGAACAGGUAUAUCUAAGCCAUGAUAAAAUCCUUGAGUCAUGCCAUCAAUCAGAGACAGAAGAUUUUUUGAAUUCAUUAACGCCUAAGAGCUUGCCUCUUCACAGGCUGAUAUUAAAAAUUAAUUGUCCUGUCAUGUUGAUUCGAAAUAUUAACCCUGCUGAAGGCCUAUCUAAUGGCACCCGACUCGUAUGCAAAGAAUUUGGAAACAACGUAAUACACGCAGAGAUUGCUUGUGGCUCUUUUAGAGGUAAGCAUGUUUUCAUUCCUCGAAUUCCUUUGCAAAGUUCUGAUGAUGAUUUCUGUUCAACCCCUUUUAAAAGAACACAGUUCCCUCUAAGGCUUUGUUUUGCAAUGACGAUUAAUAAAGCACAAGGACAAACAUUGGAUUAUGUUGGUCUAUAUCUAAAAGAACCUGUUUUCUCCCACGGCCAAUUAUAUGUAGCAUUAUCACGUGGCAGAGCAUCAAGUAAUGUCAAAUGGUUCAUGUUUACAUACAAUAAGGUUAGUCGCCUGUUGGAGUUGAUUGUUCACAGUCUUUACAGCCACAAAGAAGUUUUUCUUCGACAACUGGCAAACUCUUUCAUCAAGUUGAUUCUGAUGUUAGAAAAGCAUAUUGCAACUGUUUAA